CAUAUUUAUACUUUCUUUGGCCCAUAGCAAAUGAAGAUACAAACAUUUGGUUUUUUAAUCAGUUCAGCCUGAAAUUCAAGUUUGCCUUAUGAAAACACUCUUAUAAACACUGGUAGACGAGCUUGUGUUCAGCUUCGCUUCAGACUUACACCUUAAAGUUUUCUUGUAUCAAGGGAUUCAUUCUCAUGGGGGCCCUUAGCACUUUGAUUGCUGUUCGCUCAAUUAAGUGUUCUUUUUAAAUUCCUGGUAGCAGUGGGAUUCUCCAGGAAACUGGAGCAGUGAGGAGGCCCAAGGGGGACCGUCUCUGUCCAGCAGUGGAGGCUGCUCCACCUUGCUGCUGUGAUCCCCCUGCCCAGGGAUUGGGGAUAUAAGCAGCAUCAGUCACUCAGUGUGUAUUUAUUGAGCACCUACUAUGUACCCGGCAUAUUCGAGGCACCAGGGGUGCAUAGGGAACAAAACAACGUCUCAGCCCUGGUGAAGCUUGCAUUCUAGUUGGGGGGUGGGGGUGGGGAGGUAAACAAUAGCCACAGAGAGAAAUAAAUAUGAAAUGUUUCUGGUGGUGAUAGACAUAGGAAAAAAAUGGAGUAUAAGGGAGAUAGAGAGUAAUGGCAGAGUGAGAGAAAGCUGAUGCUCACAGAGUAAUCACUCUGAUCUUUCUCUCAUAAAGAGAGAACUGAAGAAAAUGAGCAAGAAAGCCAUGAGCUCAUGGAGGAUAAGAGCUUAUUAGGCAGCAGGAACAGCAAGUGCAAAGGCCCUGAGGCAGAGGAAUGCUGGGCAUGUUUAAGGAGCAUCAAGGAGGUCUCUGUGGCUGGAAUGAAGUGAGAGAGAGUAGUAGAAGUGAGGUCAGAGAGGUGGUGGAGGAUCAGAUCCAUAGAGCCUUGUGAGUCUUGGUUAGAACUUAGGCUUCUACGUUGAGUGGGAUGGGGAGCCUCUGGAGUUUCCAGCAUAGCCUGGACAUGACACAACCUGUGUUUUUAAAGGGUUACUGUUUGAGGGUACACUAAAGGGUGGCAAGAGUUAAAGCAGGAAGACCAGAGAGGAGGCUGUUGCAAUGAUCCAGAUGAGAGAUGAUGGAGGCUGGGGACAUGGGGUUGUAGUGAAGGGGAUGAGAAGUCAUUGAAGUUUUGGGAACCAGCUUGCUGGAAAAAAUAAAAAUAAAAACUGUGAUUUUUAACAUUUGCCCAUUUCUAUGGUGUAAAUAUUCCCACCAUGGCUGACUUCACCUUACUUAUGACUUAACAACCAGCUCAAAAAUUUCAUGAAUAUUUAGCAAUCAGUUCCCAAAACACCCCUGUAGGAAGUGUUUGGGUAUUUUGAGGGUAGACAUAACAGGAUGGCUGAUGGAUUCAUUGAGGGUUGUGAAAAAGAAGGGAGGCACCCAGAAUGGCUCCAGGAUUUUUGACCUGAACGACCAGAAGGGUAGAGUUGUUCUUUAUUGAGAUGGAGAGGAAUAUAGGAUGAUCCGGUUAAAGUAGGAGUAUCAGGAGCUCUGUCCUGGAUAUGGUGUGGUUAGCUGCCAUUUGGCUUCCAAAUAGAGAUGUGUAGCAGGCAGAGAUUAGAGGAGAAGUCUGGGCAGCGUAUGAAGGGAAAUAUACUCUCUUUUUUGAAAGGGCUCCCUGUGCCUCGUUUCUGCACAGUGGAUUCUUGUCCACAGCGUAUGCCUGCACCAGGGAACCAUUGGGAGCUUCAGCUUAGAGCUUCCAGCUGUGGCUGGGGGUUCUGUCAAUGGACCACCCGGGAGAAGACAGCAAAAGCAGCAGAUGCCUUGGUUCAGGGAGUGCCCAGCACGGGGCGAGGUACUAUGUAAAUGAGACCCAGGCCCUGCCCUCAAGAAGCGUAGUAGCGUAUAUUCGGGGAGAUAAAUAAGUGUGGGAUACAAGACAUUGUAGAAAAGGUAUAGGUUUGCUGAACCAACUCAAUUUUUCACUCUAUUUGAGGGUGAGGAGAGAAGGAGACUAUGUAGUCAUCACCUGGACUCAAACUGAGUCCCCAGCCCGGGAAGCAUCUUCCUGGGGAGGUGAGGAAAGAUACCCCAGGCUGUGGGUCUAUAGGAGCAAAGAAAAUGCGUGCUCAGGGAUAAUGGUCAUAAUCAUAACAACAACAUUUACUGAGCAUUAAAAAUGUCCCAGGCAUGGGUAUGUCUAAGUAUGUUACACGUAUUAAACCAUUUAAUCCUCAGAAUCACUUUAAGAGGUAGAUACCAUUAUAAUCCCAUUUUACAGAUGAGAAAAUCAAAGUAUAUGGUUUCGACAGCAAGUAAGUAAAAGAGAGAGAAUUCUAAUCCAGGUAGGCUGACCCCCCAGCCCUCGCUCUUGGCAAGUAGGUAAAACAGAAAAUGGAGGUGUCCUGGAUGGAGCCCCAAGUUUGGCUGUGCUCAGGCAGGUGGGGCUGGGGAGCAGAGGAUGCUGCCAACCCCCCUCCCCAGGGAUUCCCCUCAAGGAGUUUCAUCUUCUUAGAUCCAUUCUGUGACUUUGAGCUCUGAAUCAUCAUUUUUUAAAGACCGCCCAUUUUUUAAAAGAAGGCAUGAAUUUGCUCAGUUUUACUCUUCGUUUUUGGAUAACAUACAGAAGCCACUUAGAGCUUAAUAUUAACAGUGUACAUCAAUGUCGGCCCUGCUCUAAGUGGUGCAAGUCACAGUUCAGCUGUCUGCAAACUCUAAAUGUUAGAUGAGCUUGAUUCUUCCCAGCAGUGGAAGCCGGACAAAUCAAUGAGAAGCCCUUUCUUCUUCAGCUUAGAGGGUGAGUCUCAGGACCGUCUAGUGGUAAGGAUAUCAAAGAACUUCUCCCCACUCCUGUCACCCUGCGUAGCCACAAACAUUAGCCCUGCAGCCUGGCAAAACCUGUCACAUGUCUCAGCUUAUCCACCUCCCAAGGCACCGACGUUCCCUAGAACUGUCCAUCCUUAAAAGGAUGUAGGGGUGGUUUUGAGGACCUUAAGGUCACCUGACAUCUCUAGCCAAGUUGCCACUUCCUCCUGCCCACGCCACCAAUGCUGAUGGUUGUACUCCUCUUCUGUGUCGCCCUCCUUUCCUGCUCUUUCUCCGUUGCUCUUUCUCUCUCAUUUUCCAGUGCCUCCUGCCUCUGGUCCACCCCCCUUAUCUUUCCAGCUCUUCCUCAUGGUUACACACAUCCCACUCUGCUCCCACUUUGCCCUGUUUCCGGCACUGCUCUCCCAGGCCUAGAACCAUUUCUGAUCUCUUCUGCUAUUGAUCGUUUUCUUUUUUAAUUGAGGUAUAAUUUACAUACGGUAAAGCACACACAUGUUCAAGGACAGCUCGGUGCAUUAUGGUAUAUGUAUACACCUCUGUCACCACCACCAGAUCAAGAUGCAGAGUAUCGCCAACACCACAGUGGACUCCCCAGGGCCUCUUCCCUCACUGAAUGGGUGACCACUGUUAAGAUUUCUAUGACCUUUCUUGAAUUUCCUUUAAAUGGAAUCAGACAGGAUGUCAUUUCUAGCUCCUUAGCCAAGGUGCUGCUGAAAGGAAGAAUUGGAUAGGAGAGAGGCCUGGUGGGGAUCUGACUCUUCUUGGAGGCCUUCAAGAAGGACUUGUGGCUAGAAUUGCCCUGGCUCCCUGUGGCCUGGCUCAUGGGGAGCCAGGAAGAGUGAGCUGGGUUCCUGAGCCCCUAGACGCCCAUCCCUGGUCCUCUGUGGGCUGAGUCAGCUCUCGGGGAGGUUCUGUUACAUCUUGACAAAGCUGCAGAGAUCCCUGCCCGUCCUAGAUAGCCUCAGCUUCCCCUCUGCACCCCCAUAGAAUGUUAGGUAGGUAAAAGAUCUCCCUGUCUAUUUUUUAAUAUGAGAAAUUCAGGCCCACAGAGGGGCUCAGCUGGGACUAGAACUCAGGUCUGCUGAGCAUCCUGUGCUCCUUCCGCUGCCUUUUACCUCCAUGGCUUCAUCACCUAGAUUUUAAGGCAGCUCUGCCUAAGCCCUUCCUCCCCUGGCACUUUCUGCUGAUCUCAGAGUGUAUUUCCCACUAUGGCCAGCUUCGCUGCUAUAGGUAUUUAGGUGCGUAGCUCGACCUAUUCUGAGGUAGGGCACAGGAAUGAUAGACACCCCUAACCAAAAUUUUACUUUGCCUUUGUAGGAGGGCAAAAUUUACCAUCCUCAAAUGUGUCUCUUGGGCACGCAAAUUAUUUUGAGCUGAGGACAAUCAAGGAGGAACCUUUGAUCUUCUCCCUAACUGCCUCAAAGUAUUUAGAGGACCAUUCCAGGAAGGGAGCUAACACCGUAGAUAACUACACAGUUGACCCUUGAAUAACAAAGGAUUGAACUGUGUGGGCUCAUUUACAUGCAGAAUUUUUUCAGUAGUAAAUGCUACAAUAUAGCAUCACCCGCAGCUGAUUGAAUUCGAGGAUGCAGAACGGUGGACACGGAGGAGACACAGAUAGGGAGGGCUGACUGUAAGCCAUAUAAGGACUUUGCACUAUGCGGAGCAUUGGCACCCCGACCCCCUGCAUUGUUCAAGGGUCUGCAGUAGUACAAACGAAGUGUGUGGACAGGGGGAAACCCAGCAAUGUCUGUUAGAAUUCCUCUCUGGGUCUCAUUGUCUCUGCAGGGCCCCAGCACACAUUUAUUUACCAGACAUCUACUUUUCCAUCUCCAUGUAAAUUGCCUCCCCCUUUGAGGUCCCAAGCCCCUAUCCCCCACCUCCUCGUUUGGCUUUAGCUGAAGAUGGUAUUUAAGGUGCUGAUAUCUGCAAUUUGGGGUGUUCCUCAGUUUUCCUGGGUCUCUCUCAUGUAUACAUGUUACUAAACUUUUGUUUGGUUUUCACCUGUUAGUCUGUCUCAUGUCAACUUAAUUCUUAAACCAGCCAGAAGAACCUAUAAGGGUACAGAAAAAUUUCUUCCUCCCAACACCAUCCGAUCACUGAAACCUGAAAUUCUUUUCAUGAGCACUAUGCCCUUCGUCCCACCCGGAGAGAGCAGGCUCAGAUGCAAACAUCCCUGUCAGGGGAAACACCUUCACUUCACAUCAUUUGUUAAUGAUGGCCUUUCAUUCAUUUCUUUCCCCAACAGAAAACCUGUAAGACUUACCAGUCACUGACACCAGAUUUUGGAAUGAGCUGAAGACCACAGGAGGGACAAGCCAGAUGGCCCUGGGAACUGAGGAAGGAGAGGGCUCAAGAAAUCACCUGCCUGUGAUCUCUCCCCUUGGGACAGCAUCUGACACAUUCCUCUGGUGGUUUCAAGGGAAGACUUGAAAGUGUGGGAGGUUCUAUAGCUGGUUGGAGGGCCGAGAGAGAGAGACAGCGGAAGACUGUCCCAAGCUGCGGGGCAGGGGUCGCUGAACUAACUCCAAGCUGGUGUGCAGAGUGGCUGCGCAGUGGCCGCCCGAGAGCUGGAGUCACCAUGGCGGCCGGAGUUGCAGCCUGGCUGCCUUUCGCACGGGCUGCGGCCAUCGGAUGGAUGCCGGUGGCCAACUGCCCCAUGCCCCUGGCCCCGGCGGACAAGAACAAGCGGCAGGAUGAACUGAUCGUCCUCAAUGUGAGCGGGCGGAGGUUCCAGACCUGGCGGACCACGCUGGAGCGCUACCCGGACACGCUGCUGGGCAGCACGGAGAAGGAGUUCUUCUUCAACGAGGACACUAAGGAGUACUUUUUCGACCGGGACCCAGAAGUGUUCCGCUGCGUCCUCAACUUCUACCGCACGGGCAAGCUGCACUACCCGCGCUACGAGUGCAUCUCCGCCUAUGAUGACGAGCUGGCUUUCUACGGCAUCCUGCCCGAGAUCAUUGGAGACUGCUGUUACGAGGAGUACAAGGACCGCAAGAGGGAGAACGCCGAGCGGCUCAUGGACGACAACGACUCGGAGAACAACCAGGAGUCCAUGCCCUCCCUCAGCUUCCGCCAGACCAUGUGGCGGGCCUUCGAGAACCCGCACACCAGCACGCUGGCCUUGGUCUUCUACUACGUGACUGGCUUCUUCAUCGCUGUCUCGGUCAUCACCAACGUGGUGGAGACGGUGCCCUGCGGCACGGUGCCCGGGAGCAAGGAGCUGCCUUGCGGCGAGCGCUACUCCGUGGCCUUCUUUUGCUUGGACACCGCCUGCGUCAUGAUCUUCACGGUGGAGUACCUCCUGCGGCUCUUCGCGGCGCCCAGCCGCUACCGCUUCAUCCGCAGCGUGAUGAGCAUCAUCGACGUGGUGGCCAUCAUGCCCUAUUACAUCGGCCUGGUCAUGACCAACAAUGAGGACGUGUCCGGCGCCUUCGUCACGCUCCGGGUCUUCCGCGUCUUCAGGAUCUUCAAGUUCUCCCGCCACUCGCAGGGCUUGCGGAUCCUGGGCUACACCCUGAAGAGCUGUGCCUCCGAGCUCGGCUUUCUCCUCUUCUCCCUCACCAUGGCCAUCAUCAUCUUUGCCACUGUGAUGUUUUAUGCUGAGAAGGGCUCCUCUGCCAGCAAGUUCACGAGCAUCCCUGCCUCUUUUUGGUACACCAUUGUCACCAUGACCACACUGGGAUACGGAGACAUGGUGCCCAAGACGAUUGCAGGGAAGAUCUUCGGCUCCAUCUGCUCCCUGAGUGGGGUCCUCGUCAUUGCCCUGCCAGUCCCUGUGAUUGUUUCCAACUUCAGCCGGAUCUACCACCAGAAUCAGAGAGCUGAUAAACGCAGGGCACAGAAGAAGGCCCGCCUUGCCAGGAUCCGUGUGGCCAAAACAGGCAGCUCCAAUGCCUACCUGCACAGCAAGCGCAACGGACUUCUCAACGAGGCGCUGGAGUUGAUGGGCACCCCGGAAGAGGAGCACAUGGGCAAGACCGCCUCACUCAUCGAGAGCCAGCACCAUCACCUACUGCACUGCCUGGAGAAAACCACUGGGUUGUCCUAUCUUGUGGAUGAUCCCCUGUUAUCUGUACGAACCUCCACCAUCAAGAACCACGAGUUUAUAGACGAGCAGAUGUUUGAGCAGAACUGCAUGGAGAGCUCGAUGCAGAACUACCCAUCCACCAGGAGUCCCUCACUGUCCAGCCACCCGGGCCUCACGACUACCUGCUGCUCCCGUCGUAGCAAGAAAACCACUCACCUGCCCAAUUCCAACCUGCCGGCCACCCGCCUGCGCAGCAUGCAAGAGCUCAGCACGAUCCACAUCCAGGGCAGUGAGCAGCCCUCCCUCACUACCAGUCGUUCCAGCCUUAAUUUGAAAGCAGACGACGGACUGAGACCAAACUGCAAAACAUCCCAGAUCACCACAGCCAUCAUCAGCAUCCCCACCCCGCCAGCGCUGACCCCAGAAGGGGAAAGUCGGCCACCCCCUGCCAGCCCAGGCCCCAACACGAACAUUCCUUCCAUAGCCAGCAAUGUUGUCAAGGUCUCUGCCUUGUAAAACCACUGGACAGGGGGCCAGUGCGGGUAGUGGGAGUGAAGGGGGCUGGCAUGUUGGUGGGUGGCCGCUGGGACCACUCCCUCCCCCUUCCCCACUAUUUCUGCCCACCCCAUUGCACCCCUAGCACUGAAACUUGUGCCUGGAAGGAAAAAGAGGCAGCAAAGGGGCACCUGAGGUUCACUGCUGCUAGCGUGGACAUAGCCCUGUGAUACUGCAACUCACUGGGGCCAGAGGAAGGGAGGGUGGGUGG